UAUGGAAAUUUUUCAGAAUUUGUAUGAGCCGUAACAUCGUCCGGACACCCACCCACCCCCUUCAGCGUUAUGUAAUUUGUGAAUGAGCCCUAAGACCUCACCCAAUGUACGGUGAAACUGGUGUGAACAUUUUGUGGUGGGACAAUCUUUUCUGCCUGUGCGUCGAAUUAGGUGCAAAAAAGUCAAUAUUAUGCCGUUUUUCUUUUUGAACCUGGGUUGGUGCUGAAUUCAUAAACAAGCCAACUUGGCUGUCCGAGAGCAGGAGAAAAAUCGCGUCCAAACGCGGCGAAUGUCGAUAGCGUCCGGUGCGGCCCGAGAGCGGCAGGAAAAUCUCGGACAUCGUCUUCGAGAGCAGCAGGACCACCUCGGACAGCGCGUCCAAACGCGGAGAAUGUCGACCGCAUUAUGCACAAUCCGAGAGCAGCAGGAACAUCCCGGACGGUCAUCGGUGGGCAAGCUGCAGUCACAGGAACACCCAGGACAAAACAUCCAAACUCAAGCAAAUCGCGUCCAAACGCGGCAGUUGUCGAUCGAACGCUCUGCGGUCCGUCAGCAGCAGGGUCAACGUGUCCAAACGCGGCGGAUGUCAAUCACACCAUCUGCGGUUCUCGAGCAAUUGGAACAUUCCGGACACUCUGCGGUCCACAAGCAGCAACCGCAAAUUUCCGCUUGUGAACAUAAAAAGCGGACAAACGAGAACUAGAAAACUGGGCAACGUCCAAAUCUGCUGUUCCGCUUGACGAACGUGAGGGGUUCGUGAUCGGUAAAGACAUCGAUCACGAAAACAAGUCGUUCAGAAUCAUAUUUUCGUCCAAGCGUCUGUUGUCGCUGAUGACGAAUUUGAGCGUUGUAGCAGCCGAUUGCACAUUCAAGGUCACCGUCGAAGGAUAUCCUUUGCUUGUUGUGGCUGUGAUUGACAACAUGCGCCAUGCACAUCCGGUCGCGUUCGGCAUCAUAGCCAAUCAAGAACACACUGACUACCAGUUUGCGUUUCAGAGUAUUCUGCAAGCAAGCUCGAAAUUGGGGUUCAGAGUAGUUGUUACCGCAUUUUUAAGCGACGGAGAGCUCGCGCUAAAGAACGCUGCUCGUGCCGUUUUCGAUGAGCCAAAACUCUUAAACUGUUAUUUCCACUUUACGCAGAACCUAGACAAACACUUGAAAAAGUACCACGAAGUUCCGGUAGAACUCCACAAUGAAAUAAAACGUAACAUCGGUAUACUUCAGGUAGCUCCGACGGAACAGCACUUCAUUGCUGGGGCAAAGCUAUUUUUGGUAAAAUAUAAGCGUUUUCCGAACUUCAUGAACUUCAUGAAGAAGUAUGUUCAAGAUCCUAACUUUUGCCUAUGGUACGAGGCAGCCAUGCCAGCAGUGCCAGCUACAAAUAACGCUUUGGAAGCGCUGAAUAAGUCCAUUAAGUACAACUUUCUGAACCGGUACAAAGAGCCACUUGCAUCCUUCAAAGUGCUCAUUUUAAAUAUCAUUUAUGAGUACGGAGACCCACAACGUAACAUUGUCCUGGAACGGAGUGUAACUACAUUAGAAAACCAGCGGAAAACAUUCGACUGGAUCAAAGAGAAAAAAAAAAUGCGAUCGGUCCAAGCACCGCUGGAACAGAAGCAGUAUGUUUUCUUGCCCGGGAAAAACAAAACUGAGGUAGCGAUCAACGAUAUGACCCUAUUUGACAACCCGAUCUACAGUACGUUCGAAAGGUUUGCGGAGGAUUUUGGAAGUGUUUAUCGCGUCGACGUCAGCAACGUAAAUUGGCGAUCCUGGAGCUGCACUUGCUAUUCAUUCUUAAAAAACAACAACUGUUGCCACGUGCUAGCGGUCGCUGUGCGACGAGGACUAUACGCACUAAGCGCAGAGGCGGACACUACCGCUGUCGGACAGAAGAAAUCGGCAGGACGGCCGAAAUUAUCGUCGAAGGCGCUGAUUAUCGAUUAACAACCCAAAGUUUGCCAUAUAUGUCAUCGUUUGGGUAGGGUACAUAAUUUUAAAAUUCAAAACACUGAAUAAUCAUCUAACAAAUGAAUAAAACAAAAAAAUGUUAACAAUUGA